GCUUUCUGGUAAGCGCAGCCCAAUUUUGUUCCUGCCUGAAGAGAGCACAUGGUUAUAAUUUGUCCUUUUAACUGAAACGAAGUAGAGGUUUCUGAGUAAACGGACUCAGCAACUAUGACGUUGAGCUUCAGCUGAAACCGAAGGAAUCCAUAUUGGCCCUGGUCUGUGUGUGUAUGUGUGUGUGUGUGUGUGGUCGGCUCACCCCUCACUCUGCAUUUUUUACCCAUCUCACUUCGCACCCAUUCCUCUCUUCGUCUUUUCAUCCCAUCCCGUCAAACACUUUCUACUCGGUGCUGAAUCAUGGGGAAGAAAGAGGACGCAGGCUCCAGCAACUCCGUAAACCUGAAGCAGGAAAUCUCUCUGCUCCAUGGCGUCUGCCUCAUCGUCGGCAACAUGAUCGGCUCAGGCAUUUUCGUCUCGCCGAAGGGCGUCCUCUUUCACACCGGCUCCUUCGGCCUGUCUCUGGUGGUAUGGGCCAUUGGCGGCGUCUUCUCCGUCUUCGGGGCUCUGUGCUAUGCCGAGCUGGGGACCACCAUCCGUAAGUCGGGCGCCAGCUACGCUUACAUCCUGGAGGCCUUCGGCAGCUUCCUGGCCUUCAUCCGCCUCUGGACCUCCCUGCUGAUCGUGGAGCCGGCUUGCCAAGCCGUCAUCGCCCUCACUUUCUCCAGUUACCUGGUGCAGCCCUUCUACCCGACCUGCGUGGCCCCUUACGGGGCAGUUCGUCUCAUAGCUGCACUCAUCAUUGCCUUGCUGACGUUUGUGAACUGCAUGAAGGUGAAAUGGGGAGCCAUCCUGCAGGUCAUCUCUACCUUCGCCAAAGUCCUAGCCCUCAUCGUCAUCGUCAUAGCAGGGAUCAUUGUACUGGCGAAAGGUCAUACGUCACACUUCGACAAUUCGUUUCAAGACUCGAAAGUAGAUGCUGGAGAGCUGGCCCUGGCCCUGUACUCGGCUCUGUACUCCUACUCCGGCUGGGACACGCUCAACUUCAUCACUGAGGAGAUCAAAAACCCAGAGAGGAACCUGCCAUUAUCCAUAGCUAUAUCCAUGCCCUUAGUCACAGUCAUCUACAUCAUGACCAACAUCGCCUAUUACGCUGUCCUGGACAUGGACACUAUUCUGACCAGUGAGGCUGUGGCUGUGACGUUUGCUGAUCAAGUCCUGGGCUUCGCUCGCUGGCUCAUCCCCCUGUCUGUGGCCAUCUCGUGCUACGGAGGCCUCAAUUCCUCCAUCAUCGCCGCCUCCAGAUUGUUCUUCGUGGGCUCACGUGAAGGGCAUUUACCCAGCGUCCUUUGCAUGAUCCACAUCAAACGCUACACGCCCAUUCCAGCCUUGCUCUUUAACGGUGGCAUGUCUCUGAUCUUCCUGUGUGUCAGAGAUGUUUUCCAGCUCAUUAAUUACUUCAGCUUUAACUACUGGCUUUUCAUUGGCCUCUCAAUCGCCAGCCAGAUUUAUCUGAGAGUCAAAUUUCCCGACAUGCCCCGACCCGUCAAGCUGAGCCUAUUCUUCCCUGUAGUGUACUGCCUCUGCAGUGUGUUCCUGGUGGUGGUACCCCUCUACAGCGACACAUGGAACUCUUUAGUAGGCAUUGCUGUGGCUCUUUCUGGAGUUCCAGUCUACUACAUCUGUGUUCACCUGCCUCCCAGCUCCAGGCCCGACUUCCUGGGGGAAAUACUUCGUACAAUUUCACUCUUCACACAGAAGCUGUGUUUCUGCUGCUUGGCAGAGCCAGGACUUGACCUAGAUAAUCCACCUGAGGACAAAGAGAAAUAAACAUGGACCAUUUUCCCUGGACCAUUUCAUGGACCUGCACAUCCUUACCAUGGUAUUAGCCCAAUCUAGGGACUAAAGACUCAACCAAAACUGUGCCUCUGUGUUGUUAGAUAAAUAAUUGAAUAGAUGUAGCCCCAUUUUAAGAUGUUGCUUGAGUUUGUACAAUUCUGGAAAUACUGCGAUGAAGAAUGGAGACAAUCAACUGAGACCAGCCUUCAGACUGAACUUGAAGAGUUUCUCUCGCUUUGCUUUAGUUUGGAGCCCCCUGCUGGUCAUACCAUUGACUGCAGCCUAACAGAGAGACUUGGAGCAAAGUGCCCAGCCGGAGAGAUGGGCUGAAACUGAAGCUAUGUUGAGCUUACAGAAUUUGGGGAAAGUCAUAUGUUUUGAUCAAGUAAUGUACCGAAAAAGAGGACAUGUCUAUGAAGGUUUAGUGAGCUGUCUGUGUCUGGGUUUAAUUUUGCCACCUGCAUAAAUAUAAGAGGAUUCUAUUAGAUCUAAAUGAAAGGUACCAUUCUGUUGGGGAUCUACCUCAUGACAGUUAAGGAACUUAGAUCAGAAGUGUGAUUGGAUUGGUUUGGCAUCUUUGGAAAAGCUAUUGUCAUAGCACAGCCAUCAUUGCCAUGUGCAUUUGUUCAGAGAGACCGUGAACGGGGACAGAAGAUGGAUCGUGUGAAUGUUGUUCUCAGACUUUUCAAAAAUGCCCCUAGGAUUGUUCAGCCUGCCUCCAAAUGAUAAAGUCGGGUCACUUUGACGGGAGUAAUUUGGCUUUGUUUCAACAGAGAUUUAAAUUCCCAUCAAGUGUCAUCUGAACCUCCAACUGUAGUCAUUCUAGCAAUGAGUUAAUGUUCAGAGAAUUACAGUUCUUCCAAGUUUUUUUUUUACUUCUUUUUUUUUUUUGGACUGAAUUGUCAGCCAGUCAGAAUGAGAGGUUGACAGUGGACAUGCGUAGCAGGGAAUGCUACAGUCAGAGUUUGUGAUAUUAUCGGGUAAGCAGCUAUAAAGACAUGUAUUGUGUAAUGCCUGUAGCGAGUUUUGACAGGGGCUGUAAUGGUGUGAUCCGUGUGCCUCCUCUAAAUGGCGUGGCCAAGCCGUGGUCUCUCGGUCACCGCUGUUUCUCUGUUUGUUUAGUUUUGUUUAGAAUCAUUAACUGUGCGUUCUCUAAGCAAUGUCCUGAUAGGACAUUUGAUUUGUGGUGUAGUGAAAAAGAUGGUCAUUUAUUAACCGGCGGGUCAACUAAGGCAUUCCCAUGCUGUGUAUAGACACAGCUGUCUCUGAGGCGUCGACCCGGCUCUGCACCGUGUGGAGAACUAAUGCCAUCCAUACAGCCUUGAUACUAUUCUUGUUUCUGUGAACCAGUCAGUGCAAUACAGCAGACAGAGAGGACUGUCCAGGGGGCUGUUGUGAAGGACGGAUUGCUUCAUGGUAGUUGCUGUUACAUCUUUUUGUUUGUUUGAUCGCUCUCUCUCUCUCUCUCUCUCUUUUUUUUUUUCUUUCUUUCUUUUUCCCCCCGUCCAUUCCUUUCAUUCCCAUGUUCACAAAGAUGCAGUAUUAUGUGUUUCUCUUGUGCACGUCCAGCAGACCCCCCAAAAAAGUGUACAUCCAAAAAAGUGCACGGAUUUCGCUUUAAUCUAAUGUCGUCCCACCAAAACCUUGCAUUUGGUGUAUGUCCGGUUUUUUUUGUAAUGGGCAUCAAGAAAACAGAAUGAAACCAAAA